AUGCCUCCCGCCGUUCAACAUUCUCUGCCACAAAUCGCUGAAAAUCAAGGAUCUUCCGCUGGCGAACCUUCUUCGACUACCGAGUCAAGCCAGGAUGUCAAGGCAAACUUAUCCGCUGCUGAGCUGGCAGAACAGAGGAAGCAAUCGUGGAUCGCCGCCGAGAAAGAAUUGCCUUACAAGGAAAACCUCGAAAAGCCUACGAAUGACAAGGGAGAUGUUCUCGGUAACUUCUAUGCCUUCGAAGUAAAGAAAAAUCUUAAAAAGCCCAUCUUUCGAUACACAAUCGAUGUCGGCGAAUCAGUGAAGGCUGGCGUGGAAAGGACGUGGUCUCGAGAGACUAAGAGGUACUUGAUUGGACAACUACUAGAGGAAAAUACUCCUAGUCACAGCAACUGGGCUUGUGAUUAUGAUUCCAUCAUCGUUUCUGCGGGCUCUCUUUACACAGGUUGGGACCACAUUAAAGAACCAGAAAUUCUGGUGCCAUACAACCGUGGCCUCAAGGAUAUGGCAAUCAACGUGACCAAUUCUAAGAUUAAGUUCCUUGGUUUUAUUGAUAUCGAUCGUUUGAAUCGCCAUAUUAACCAAGAGGAACGCGAUGAUCAAAUUAUGGAGUCUUUGCAUGCUCUGAACAUCAUCUUUUGCAAAAAGGUCAACGACAAAAGCUUUACAGGUGCUCGCUCAGGUAAUAAGUUUUAUCCGGAUGAUCCAGAGCUAUCGCCUCGGUUCCUCUCGCCCUCUGGUUUCUACGUGCUCCGUGGCGGAUUAUCUGCAUCCGUAAGACCAGCUUUUGGUUCCUUGUUUCUUAACAUCAGUACCACGACAUCUGCUUUUCUAAAAGACGGUGAACUAUCUUCGAAGAACUUUCAGAAAAACAUACGAGUUACUUGCAACCUCACGGGCAGUCGGCAAUGGAAUGCCCGAGAGCUGAGCGAUGCUGGUACCAGAAUGUCACAGAUAACUUUCAGGAUGAAGGUCGUGCAAGAUGGGCAAGAAAAGUUGAUUAAGAGGGAUGUGAGGUAUUACCUCGAACAUGAAAGUAGUAAGCAUAACCCAUUCAUAGUUGCCGUCAAAUCAGAACGUCCCUAACUUUGUAUAAGAGCAUAAAAGCAAGUUUCGAGAUGACGAACAAUGUGUGAACGUCGGAGGUGCCAAGAAGGAUAACCGUGCUAUUUGGUACCCUAUAUCUACCUUGAAGAUCGUUCCUUGGCAAAAGGUGAAGCGUGUUCUGCCCCAAGCUGAUGGCGAAAAGAUGGUCAAGGUGGCAGAGAUCUUACCUGGGCAAAAUAAGAGACGAAUUGCAAAGGUUCUCGAAAUCUUAGGGUUGGAUUACCGCCAACCCUCAGGACAUCUGAAAACGUAUUUCGAGGUAUUAAUCACUCUCCUUCCCAGAUUGAUAAUAGUUCGCUAAUUUCCGCAACUAACAAAGGCUUUCGGCAUUGAUUUUGUCCCUAAGAUGGCAAGACUCACACGAAAAAGCCUCUCUGCUCCAAAACUUGAUUAUGGUAAAAUUAACACCGAUAAAGUGCGAGGAGAUGAAGACAAAAUAGCCGAGCCUGUUAACGGAGCAUGGGCAAUCACGAACAAGCGUUUCUUCUCCCCUAGUAAAACUAAAACUUUGCAUGUGAUAUGCUUUCACGACAAGUCUUCUAAAAUCGUGGAAAAUAUCAAAUCUGCUGAGAACGGUCUUGCUGAAGUUAUGAAAGCAGCAGGUAUGAUGGAACACAACGAACAUACGCUCGAUGUCAAACUGGCCACGCCUGAAACCCCCAUUUGGGUCGAAGAGAGCGAAUCAGCAAUACAGUACAGGGAAAGAUGCCAAAACACACUUAAAGUGGCAAUUGGUGCUCUAAAUAACCCCCCCCUCAAAUCAUCUUAG